CUCUCUUUCUCUCUCUCUCUGUUUGGUUGAUGUGCACGAGCCUCUGACUCGCCUCGUGCCGUCACACUGUUAUUCUCACGCGCUGUUGCUGCUCACUGUUGCACUUUUUUAAUGCUGAUAUCGACACCGAUAUUCAGUCUCAGCAUCAAUUUUUGGACUUAAUCAUUUUUCCUCCGUAUCGUCUUUUAAGGAGAGGACGGGUUCGAGUCCACGAGUAGGAGAAAGAGCGGGAAACACAGCUGAGACUGGAACAAACUACUACAAACAGUGAGUAUUAUGGUCAUUCAUUAAAAAUGAAGUUUAGAUAAAAAACUGUUGCUUAUUGUUUGCUUGGUUGAUUUGAAGGUGGUGUCUGAGCUCUGAAGGAUUGUUGAGACCUGAUGUGGAGUAUUUUAAAGAUACUGUAAGGAGUUUUUUGAUGGUUAUGAAGCAGACUGAAUCAACACUGAUGACUCUAAACGGGGCAAACACUCAAAGAUAAUAAAGCUGUUUUUGUCCUGAUUUCCCCCCUCCCGACCAAGGACAACAAUCGGAAGAUUAUCUUACGUCUUCUGAGAUUAUCAUCUAAGAUUAUCCUGUGGUCUGAGGUGUAUUAAGAGUGAAUUUACCACGAUAAUUGGGUCUGAAACGGGCCGACAAUCUUAAUUAUUAAACUUGUUCAAUAUUUACGACCCAAAUCCUUUACGUGUGUCGGGAAAGCCGAGGACUUCUGAGUCAUGACUCUGUGAAUUGUCACGUGAAAAGGAAUCUAGCCAAUCAAGAAGCCUGCUCUGUCAUUUAUCUGUCAACAUAAUACAAACGAAUGGCUUAAACACAAUUUAAUGUGCACAAUGUCUCUUUCUUGAUGGCUGCCAGAUUAAUUCGUUUACUGGGAUAAUCACACCAGCCAUUAGCUUAAUUCGAGAACAACUCACCUCUAGCUCGCUCAGUAGACUAUAAACGACUAAUUAUGUUGCGCUUUGUGUUUCCCAGUUGUUGCUACAUUUCUUCUUCUUCGUUUUUGUUAGAUCAUGUUUUAUCACGCAAGAUUUCUAUCUUGGAGGACUAGAUUCUAGAUCUAGGUGCUGAUUCGGUAGUUGAUAACCAAACAGUGAUAGUGUAAAUUUAGAGGAGUGGUCCUGGUUCUGCUGGUUACCACGGCCUAAAAACAGCAGAUAUACGAUGAAGAAGUGGCCUAACAGGAGCUCCCUGGAGAUGGUAAACUACCUUAGCAGGCUGCCAGUUUGCGCCUACAGCCUUGCCGACCACCACCACACAACACUCACAAUCAUACACCAGUGGAGGACACACACUGGGAGCAAGGCGGGUUAAGUGUCUUGCCCAAGGACACAAUGGACAGACUCGGGAUAGGGGGGGAAUCAAACCGCCAACCUUCCAGUUAUUGAACGACCGCUCUAUUGGCCUUAUUUCAGUGGUUCUCAACAAUUUAAGACAUGACCCCAAGAGUGACAUCGUAGGUGUUUGCAUCAUCAACUCCUAUACUUGAAGCACAGGGGAUUACUCUGUGACUUUGGAGCCAGGACCAGAAAUCUUGGAUCGCAUCCCUAGGACCCUUGAGUUGUUGAAGCUGCCAGGGUUAGAGUUUCAGUUCAUCUAUAAAAAGGCAGAUCUUGGUAAUCCAUGUAAAUAUAAUCUUAAUACAUCUUUCUUCUCUCAACAACAACCUGGCGACCCCAAAUAAGGGCAAGACCAAAGGUUGAGACUAUAAACUCCAUCCAUAAAAAUGUUUCCCUGAGCUGAUGGAUCUAAAUCAUCCGUUUCCAGUCCAAAUGAGUUCAUACUUUCUGAUCUCUCUUGUACAUUUCCUAAUAAAUGAUUUUAAAUCUAACGUCCAACCUUUUUCAAGAAUCUUGUCCUGAUUCCAGUAGGAGUUUGAGGCUGUUUCAGAAACAUUAGGCUUGAGUUUUCUCUCCUCCUCUCCAGAUUUCUCCUGAUUUUAACCUCAGACUCCCAGACCUUUUCCCCCCGCCGUCACCAUGAGUGCAUGCAGCAGGAAGGCUUUGACUUUGCUGAGCAGCGUCUUCGCAAUCAGCGGGCUGGGGCUGCUGGGAGUGGCGGUCAGCACCGACUACUGGCUGUACCUGGAGGAGGGCGUCAUCAUGCCCUUAAACCAGAGCACCGACAUCAAGACCUCGCUGCACUCCGGCCUCUGGAGAGUCUGCUUCCUCGUCGGUAACCAGACGUGUGAAUGUGGUUUCUCUGAGCUCCUGCAGUUUGACAGUCAGUGUGUGAAUCGGUUUGUGUCACAUGACGAAGAAAGAUAGUCAGUUUUUCUGACACAAGUACUGAGUGAGCAUGAGAGUGAAUGUGUGUGUGUGAGAGAGAGAGAGUGACUGUGAUUUGUGUGGAAUACAAGAGGCAGAGAGCGCCAGAGAAAUGCAAAUUGUCUCUUUAUUUUUAUCCUUUCUUGGCGUAAUAGUCUUCGGUUUUUGCUCGCUUACUCUUGGCUCUGUUAUUUGGUUCAUUUUCACAUUUUCUGCUCAUUCUGAGCCGAGUUUUACCCUUUUUUUCCUGCCAUAUAUCAGCCUGACUGUACCCUCCCACUGCCAAAGAAGUUUGGAUGCAGUGUAAAAUGUGACAGUUUGCAAAUCCUUAAAACCCUAUAAUUAACCGUAAGUAGAGUAAAGACAGCAUAUCAGUGUCAAAACCAAACAAAUUUGUUAAUUUUGUGAAAAAUUUUAACUUAUUUUAAAAUUUGGUGCCAGCAAUCACCGUGUAAAAGUUUAGGAGAAACUCAGGAGAGCAGUUCUGAACUUUUACGAAUGAUUCAUCAGACCAAACGACGGUUUUCCACUUCAUCUCUGUCGGUCUUAAAAAGGCACAGGGCCGGAGAAGUUUCUAGAUCAUGGUUCAAUUUUUUUAAGAUAUAUCUUUGGGUAUUUUUUUUUAUUUUUUAGAAAUCAAAGCAAAGGGAUUGAGGGUGGAAAUCAAACAUGCAAUCGCUGCAGAGGACUACAACCUCUAAAUGUGGGUCCUGUGAGCCGCUAGACCAUGAGCAAGCGACAAAGUGUGCUUUCUCAUGCAGUGAUUUCCACUACAGAGUCACUUUUUCACAGUUUCAUGUUUCUGAAACAAUCAAAAUUCGUAUAGGUAAUUUACACAGCAUGGUUUUCUGAAUGGAGUUGUUGUAUCUGUGUCACAGUCCAGAGUUAAACAAAAAGGGAAAGGACCCAAGAUGCAGAACAGAAAAAUGUUUUUAUUUUAAAAUGAAUGAAAUAAAAAAGACAACAAAAAGAGGCGUACGCUCACAGACAGACAUACAAUGAACCAACCAGGACAGAGGGGAAGACGGGGACGAUAUACACAGAGGGAAACGAGCAACAUGUGAGGCAGACGAGACACAGGUGAGACUCAUGAGUGAUUAACGAAGGAGGGAAACUAGGGAAGUAAAACCAGAAUCAACUACUACAAAAUAAAACAGGAAACACUGAAAACUGAUCUAAAGAAUAAAACACAGAGAAGAGGAGGGAAAAAGGGUCAAAGACAAACUGAAAACUCACAAGACUGGACUACAGGAGAACAGAAACAACACAGAAAAUAAACUCAAAUAACAAAACCAGUGAAAAACUACAUCAGAAGAACAGAUCAUGACAGUCUGACUCCUUCUUAGUGCCUCUGUGUCCUCUUUCUUCAGGUGAGGAGUCCGGUCGCUGCUUCACCAUCGCGUACAUCAUGCCCAUGAACGUCCAGCUGACGUCAGAGUCCACCGUGAACAUGCUCAGUGAGUAUCAGCGAAAAAGCAGCCGGUUGUAUCUUUACGGCCGAAACCCUUUUUUCUCUGAUAAUAACGAGGAAUGUUAUCUGAACGUAACCAGACAGUGGAGUCUGACUCAUCGGAGCCCUCGUGUUGUUGUCCCGCUCCUCUCCAGAAUACUUAUAGCCCUCUCACAGCCGGUUCACCUCAGAAGUCCUUCAGAGUGGCUGAGAGACCUCGCUUUACUACAGGAUGAGUCAGUGUAAUAAGCGCUGAUAUUUAACUCCAUUCACCGAUUGGAUGACGUUCAAGUGUUUCAGUUUUAUCUUUGUCCCAAGGUUAAUCGACUGUAGCUCUAAACAAAACCAACAAAAGGCCUCAUAGUUCCUCUUAUUUCAUCGUUUCAGAGAUGAUCCGCUCAGCCACUCCGUUCCCGCUGGUCAGCCUCUUCUUCAUGUUCAUCGGCUUCAUCCUCAACAACAUCGGACACGUACGACCUCACCGCACCAUCCUGGCGUUUGUCUCUGGGAUCUUCUUCAUCCUCUCGGGUACAUCAAAAUUUCCCCUCCUUUAUCUCUCGUCUCUGCAUCUGUCUUUUCUCUCAUACUUCCUAUCAUUUUUCCCUCCGUCUGUCAGGUCUGGCUCUGGUGGUGGGUCUGGUGCUGUACAUCUCCAGUAUAAAUGACGAAAUGCUGAACAGGACGAAGAGCAGUGAAGCUUAUGUGAGCUACAAGUACGGCUGGUCCUUUGCCUUCGCUGCCAUCUCCUUCCUUCUCACUGAGGUAAGACGGCAACAAAUUCUGCAAGUUACAGCUACUAAGAUCUGAAGAAUUGUAUUAGCCUACAGAGAAAUAUCUGAUCUAGCAUUAUUGAAGUUGAAGCGCCAAAAAGGUUCUUAGGUGGGUAGUUGGGGUUCCUUCUGGGAGGAACUUUUGAGGUAGGGACUUGCAGCGAGCGUGCACGCAUUCAGAGGACUCUUCGGCCCAGUCCCAAACUCGCCCUUCACUACCGAGUGUCACUCAUAAUGAAGUUACACUCCAAGCUGUGGAGUGUGUCUCAAUUUAAAUAGGAGGGUAUAAACAAGUUGGGCAGGUAUGGGACGACCUCCUCACUCCACUGGAAAAUGGAAAGAUCCAUCGCCAUAGCAACACAAAGACGCAUCCUGUGCAUGGCAGCGUUUCUUUUCUUAGUAACGGGCAUCAUGUUCAGUUCUGAGCCGCACAUUCAAAUCAUAAAUCCAGUAACCGUUACAGUGACAGGAGCUUUGGACCCCUUUACUAUUUGACAUGUGACCCUAAAUUAAUUUAACGCUGGAAUAUCCCUUUAAAUGACGCAUAUAUGGGUGUUUAUUUCUUUUAUACAUAUCAAUCUGUUGUUUUUAGAAGUUGUCAUGGUGAAGAACCGAAGCGCAUUGGACUGAAAGGCUUAUUAAUUCAUUAUUGAGUGUGUGUUUGUGUUUUAAUUGAAUUCACCUGAGUACAUCAGGAAAAGUGAGUGUCCAGCACCCUCUAGUGGUCAAAGUGCUGAAAUGCAAAUGUCAUUGUUUAAAUCUUACAAAAACCAAAUGUUGCUGUCCUGCAGUACAGUAUAAAUAUUUUACUUUGAUAUAUAUUCUCAUGUGUGUCUGUAUUCUCUCCGCAGAGUGCAGGCGUCAUGUCUGUCUACCUGUUCAUGAAGCGUUACACAGCGGAGGAGAUCUACCAGCCUCAACACCCCAGCUUCUACCGCCCCCGCCUCAGCAACUGCUCCGACCACUCGAGUCAGUUCCUCCACCCGGAGGCCUGGUCACGCGGGCGAAGUCCCUCUGACAUCUCCAGCGACGCUUCUCUCCAAAUGAGCACCAGCUACCCCGCUCUCCUCAAAUGUCCCGACUACGAUCAGGUGUCCUCCUCGCCCUGCUGAGGGGUCAGGGAGGUCGCCAAGGAUGGCCUGCUGAGGACAGAGUUUAUUAUCUAAUGAAAGAAAAAAUGGCGGACAUAUGUGCAGCUGUGGCCUCACUGAGGCCCACUGACUCUGAAAAUAAGACCUGCUGAGCUGCCUGUGGAGGUUCGGGGUCAGAGAUGCUUUUGGGGAAUUUGUUAUCCUUGUAGAUCCUGCAUUUUUUCUAGAUCAAGACGAGGUUUUAAAAUGUACAGGGUUAUCGUAUUUUUCCGAUGAUUAUAAAAUCAGGGAGACAGUAGCUCACCUCUGAACUUCAUCUCUUUUUUGUGUUUAUCUGUAUCACUGCAGUCUGUGCUCUAGCGCCUCAUAGAUGUUUCUGUCUGUGGAUCAUUUUGCGUUUUCAGUGAAAAAAUAAAUAAACGCUUCUUACGGGACAGACGUUCAAAUAUGACCUUGUCAGUCUCAGUGAGGUUAAAAACAAGACUAUAACACUGCGGCGUGGUGUGGUGUGGUGUGGUGUGGUGUGGUGUGGGCAUGGUAUGCAGUGACAUGGUGUGGUUUGGGAGGUUGGACAUGGUAUUACAUGGUGGGACAUGGCUUGGAGUAGAAAGACAAGACUUGACAUGGAGCACUGUGGUGUUGCAUGGAGUUGCAGGCAUGGCAUGGCGUGGACAUGGUAUGUAGUGACAUGGUGUGAUGCGGGGGGCUGGGCAUGGUAUGUUGUGGUGGGACACAGCUUGGAGCACAAUAACAAGACAAGACUUGACAUGGAGCGCUGUGGUGUUGCAUGGAGUUGCACAGCAUUGCGUGGUGUGUGGAGUGGCAUUGCGUGACAUGUAAAGUGGCAUGGAGUGGUCUGGUGAUCUUGGAGUGUCAGGUAGCAGUGCUGUGGUGUUGCAUGGAGUUGCAUUGCGUGGCAUUCCACGGCAAUGCGUGACGUGACCUGACCUGGGGGCACAUGACGGACCUCACGCAAGGUUUUGCUGUCAGGCAUGAUGUGAAUUAGUUAAUGCCAUUACAUAUAACGAUGUAACAUAAUGUAACAUAGGACCUUACCUAUUAUAACAUGACAUGUUUUAGGGUCAUGUGAUGUUACUUACUGUAAAUCACCUGAUGUGACGUAUCCUGCUGUGAUGUAACAGCACGUCUAAUAAAGUAACAUGACAUCCUGUAACACACUGUAACGUUACAUGAAGUCACACAGUGUAAAGUAA